CCCCCCCCGGUGAAAGUGGCUGAGUCUGUGUGUUUCUGUGCGUGAUCAGUCAACAUACAAGGUUGUCAGCACCAACACCACGAGGAGUCGCUCGCCCAUGAGUGUCAAACUCGGCACGUGCUGAGUGAUGCAUGGAUCAGGAAUGCUUGAAGCCAGCAUACAUGCUGCUCAUUUUGAUUGGUGCAAGAAAGAGUAUAUGAAGAUGGAUUUGUUUUAAAAGCUGUUAAAAAUAGGGCCGGAUUAAAUCUCCCCUUCACUGCAUCUUCCAUCUCUCCCGCCUUCACCCAAAGCGGCCACCCAUUCACCCACAACCUAUCCCCACCCUCACAUUUAUUUUACAUUGUCUUCUCAGUCUCCCCUUCUUCUUCUUCUUCUUCUUCUCCACUUUGAGUGACGUGAGGAUGGGUGAAGAAGAGGGUAAUUAAAAUGUGGGUGCUGUGCAGUGAAAUGAAGCCAGUUCAAAGAGACACCUCGUCACUAAGAGAGGGAAAUAUGAAUGGGGCGGGGAAAACACUUGAGUGUGUGCAACAGAAAUGGGAAAACAAUAUAUCAGUUCAGGUAUUUUCAUUCAAAUGAGAGUAGAAAUAGUCGACUUUGAUGACCCACGUGACACUUUUCUCGCUCACGCACACGUACAGGGAACAAAGCAGCGGUGCGUUGCUUUGAUUGAUGAGCAUAGCUCCAGGACGACUAACCAAACCGGUGAGAUGGGGACGGCUCACGGAUAGAAGAGCGAAUCAGAUCCCAGCGACUGUAUCAUGGUAACUGAGAUUGGGGUUGGCAAAACCAGAGAGGGUGCAGAUGGAGGAGUCACCUUGAGGGAGAAGAGGGACCGCGGCAAUGCCAAUUUAUUUAUUGUCAAGCCAUAAGCUGUUCGAUAUUAAGAAACACCCUUGAUGAGCUAUUCAAAUAUAUCCUGGAGAGGAAUGUUGUAAAAAAGGUCAUACCAUGAAAACUUAAAAGGUAUCAGCUUCUGUUUGCAUUCACAAAACAAUGGCAGUCUGUUCCAUGUUGAGUAAAAGCAGCGUCAGUAGUCUUUCAUACAGGUGCAGAUGGAAAUGAAAUACGAUUGAUGUAACUCUCAGGCACAGUUUUAGAAAUUGAUUUUCACAGAUUAUGAGUACAAUCCAUGAGAAGUCAAAGUAACGUUUAUUCACAACAUUACCAAUCUUUAAACUCAUGUGUGGGAGGCUGUUUAUCACAGCUACAGAUUUAUGUUUGAGCUCUGUGGUGACGUAUCUCAGAAGGCCUUAAACGGGGGAAAUAAGUGGGUAGGGUUCAUUGGUUUUAUAGAUUAAAAUAAUACAAGUGUUGAAAUGAAUUACCAGUGUGUUCAACUUUUUCUAUUCAAAACGUUGUCAUGUGUUGAUGAUUUUUGUUCUGUUAUUUUGAACACCAACAAUGAGACCACUCCCCCUCAUUAAGCAACAGUGACAUCUGUUGGUGGAGGACCGACGCAGACUCAAACGACAAGUAUGGUGAUCUUCUACAUUUCUCUUAAUCCAGCGAAAAGACCAACAAACAAGAAUGAAUUCAUCUGUGUGUCACCGUAGUCUGUCUUUGUCAUCAAACUCAAAUAUCUACAUAACAGAUCAACCAGCCACACCAUAGCAGUGUGACAUGUUCAUUCAUUACAAUUACGAUGGGCUCGACUGAACAUUUCGAGGCAAUCAAUUGUCCUGCUGAUAUAAAUACCAACUAGACGGCCAAAAGUGAAGAUCAAAGUACUCCCAAAAAAUUUAGAAUUCAUUUGUUUGUAACAAUUUUUCUGAGAAUGAAAGUUUAGAAAAUACUGAUAUAUAUAUGUAGUGUAACGCCUAUUGUUUUUUGGUUUUUUUUCGCGGGAUUUGUUGACAAUAAGAAAAAAUUGAUUACUAACUCGAGCCUUAUCUUUUACCUUCACUUAAUCUAGGGAAUAAUUAAAUGAACAAUAGUGUUUAAAUGUAAAGUCUGAUUUUUAAAAGCCAUUGUAUGUAUUGUUGUGGGAGAUAACACAUUUUAAAACAGUUGUGGGAACAACAAUAGCCAAAAGCAUUUUUUAAAGAAGACAUUAUACUUGUCAUAGUAGUUAACGCACAGGCGUUUCCAAUAACGUUAAUGGGGCCACUGCUCCAUCCAAGUGUCCCAGUAAGCAUCAUUAAUUUUAUUAUUUACACUUUUACUGCCGUAACAAAUCAAAAUGUAAGAUUGCUCGUGCAUUUGAAGGCACAGCCUGGCGUGUACCAUCGUUGUCACACAAAGCAUCACAAAGAAUCCGACCAGAGUUGAAGAAAUGAACGGAAUAACGCUUAACAGUGAGAUUCACAGAAUGCUGAGCAGUGAGGAAUGAGAAACAAAUCACAUCUGCAAAUUAAUACACACCUCCUAUACUUCCUGGAUAAUCCUGAAUUAAGGACGAGUAGAUAUUGCAACUGCUACAUCAUUAAAGAACCAGUUUCUGUCACUUGCUUGAUGUGUAUAAUGAUCAGUUUUUGUUGUGGUUUUUGUUGUGGUCGUGUUUAAUGCAUCAUAAUUUCAUGAUUACCGCUCCAUUAGGUCUCACUGCAUUAUUUUGAUCCUCCAUUUUGAGUAAUUCAGGAAGUAAUUUUUUAGAAUGCUAAUUAAUUUCUAGUUGAUGUGAAUGUGAAUCAACAAUAUGUGAAUCAACAAUAACUAAGAAUGAAGCAUCCUUGAUGUUUCUGAAAAUGAUUUUACUUCAUAAAUAAAUUGCACAUGUAUAACAGUAUUUUAAGCCAAAUUGAACUCAAGGAAAAUUCUUUUUUUCUGGUUUUGAGUGACAACUAAAAGGUAUUUGGACAAAGAUGAAGUACCAGCGAAGGCAUAAUGGGUUUCACAAAUGCAGCUAUGAGCAGAGGAAAUAUGAAUGCAUUGCAGGAAAUUACAAGCUAAAUUACAAUAUAGAACAUUAUAUCUCACACAGUAAACUAUUUUGGGUUUCUUAAUGGUUCCAAGGCAGAGGCCAUUGCAGUUAUUUGCCCACUAAGAAUGAGUUAUAGGUGUAACUCUGUAGAGGAUAUAAUUUAAUGUUGGAAUGAAAUGCCCAUAAGAUUAAAGUUGUGAAGAUGCUUGACUAGCUGUACUGGUUAUUGGGAAUGAUUUAUGUACCAGACCCAGAAUGCAUCACUUCUUGUGAGUGCUAAGUGCUGACAAAUGAAACACAUUGAUCUGGUGCUAAUGUCAGAAUACACAAAUGAAAACACUGGAAAUAAUGUAAUAAAAUACCUCAGAGAGAAUGAAAAUUUUAGUUUAGGGUAAGCUGUUUGUUCUGAUGUACCAAAAAACAUUUUAGUCAACACAUUGUCACCUAAAAACACACGUAUUUGUCUGUUACAAUAUGUGUAGAUAAUGCAAUAACUAAAAUGCAACUCAAUUAAUGACACAAACGAAAACAAAUGAAUUGCCAAUGAUGGUAAGGCUAAUUAUUGAUCCCCAACUUCAGAAGCUUUCCAGCAGUAAAAUAUAUAAAACAAUUAAAAUGAGCUCAACUUUCACCAGCUGUAACAUUAAAGUGAUGAACACAUUAUAUAUUACGCAUAAAAGAUGUGAGUGCUUCUUCCACCACCGGCCAGCAGGGGUCCUCAGUGCACCGUGUGGUGGCCGUCACAGUGCCUGAAGAGACGCACACAAACGCAACAAAGCUCUCUUGAACGCUGCUAUUUUUGCAUUAAUGAAUACCAACAGUCUGCCAGAACCGUCGUUUUUUACAAUAUAGCGUCUAUACGUCUUGUCGUUCAACAUUACCUUUAAAAACGAACCGUCCCGUGUUCACAAACCGAAGUAUUCAUGAGGCUGCGCGCGCUUCUUGAAAGCGGAAGUUGGACGUUUGUUGCUGCCGAGAACUUCCGGAAGAGAAGCGAACGAGCUAAACGACUGAAUCCGAAUAGUUGUAGAGGAACAAAAAUGUCGAACACGUUGACCUGUUGCGUGUCUGGCUGUAGAACUCGCCACACCUCAAAAAGCAAACGGAGACUGUACCGAAUCCCGUCUGGAUCUGGGCCGUAUCAGGCCUAUCAGAGACAGUUGUGGGUCGAAGCGAUCCAGCGAGCGAACGGCAGCACCGAUGAGCUCGAAGGAAACGUUCGUAUUUGCAGCGCUCAUUUUAAGUCAAGGCAAGUCUCCAUGUACCCAACCAGCCCCAGCUUUGCGCCUACGGUGUUUCGCGGUUCACGGGCUCGGGCCCGCCGACAAAGGGCCAAAAGGCAAUCCAAUGUGGAAAUGGAAGAACAAACAACUCCACCCAGAGUUGACUCUCUCGUGGACCUCCAUCCCUAUGUUUUGAUGAAGGUGCUACAGACACAAUCAACUCCAUCAAUGCCACAGGGUGGAGAAACGUUGACGAAAGAGCCUGAGACUGAAACUACACCAGUCAAAUGCGAGGCGUCGCCGUCAGUUCAUGCUCCGGCAGGAAUGCCAAAACUAGACAAAAGUCUAAUUGUGCUCCUAAAACACAUAUAUGUUCCAGCAAGUGGAUAUCGGUGUGAGCAGUGCGAUGAGAGCUUCCCCGAGACACCACAGCUCAUGAAGCACAAACGACUGCACGAUGAAGAAAUCUCCGUUGUCUGUGAGAAAUGUGGAACGUUUUUCGCAAGUCAGCCAGAUUUGAUUGAGCACCAGUGUGUCCCCGAGCCUUCCUUGCCGUGCAACGUGUGUGAUCGUACUUUCACCACAAGUUAUAACCUCAAGCGUCAUAAACUGCUGCAUGUCAAAGACGGCAGGAAGUGUCCUACGUGUUCCGUGUUGUUCUGUCAGCGCCAUAAUCACAUCUUAUACCGGCCAUCGGCCGCGACGAUAACCGAGUACGAAGAGGAUCCCGCCACCGCUAAACCUAAAAAGGCACAACGUAGUUUGAUGCCAGAAACCCGUCUGCUGGUGCUGCCCGAGACAAGCCAGAAUGCGGACCUGGAUCCAGAUGCUCUGAGCAACAAGACUGUUUUGCCUGGACCGUUGUCCACGACCCGGAAGACGCCGGCGUCACCAGCAACAAUCUCAUCAGAAAUCCACGUCCCAGUGUUCCCAAAAGCUCCCUCUGCGUCAGGCCCACCGCCGCUAUUACCCGAGAUCUCAAGGGAACCCAAGAGCUCAAAGAAACCUCCAGACUUGUCUUGGUUUAGGCUACUUCGGCCCAACCGUCCUGAGACAUUCGUUCAGCCCCUUCUCCCCAAACACUCAGAGCUCCCACCCUCACUAAAGAUCUUUUCACCACUGUACCUCAGAUCAGCGUUACUUGAGGUUACAAGAAAUUAUGAAUACAUUUUAAGCAAACCAGUAGGUGUUAAGAAGAAUAUUGUGAAGGAGGAACAAAGCGAGCUGCCACUGAUUCCUCCAGAUUAGCAAAGCGGCGAGCGCGUCAAAAAGGAAAGCGCUGCUUUCGACCUGGAUCUUGUGCUCUGAAGGUAUCGCAGCACAUUUGUCUUUGAUGCCUAUUUUUGUUAGGCCUCAUCUGCUUUAGCUCUUCAUUGUUUUUCAAUAUUGUAAUGUUGCUAUUUUUUAUUUAAUAAAGAGUUCUGCAUAUAGGAUGCUGUCACUUUGAUAUCACUGACGUGGCAUUUAUUUUUCCACUCUUUGGUAAAUAAUACUGUUCUGUACAAAAGAAGAAUAUAAUGUAACAGGAUUUUAAAACUGCAGCAUUUGGACUGCAGGCUAAAUAAUGUGCUUUGCAGUUUGAAGAGUAAUAACCAGUUAAAUGUGAGUAAAUGUACAUUUCUAUGACUGAUAUCAGGAUUAGCGUCUAGCUUGUUAAAUAAUUCAGUUUCCCCAUCUCCCUCGGCAACCGGGAACUGCACAGAAUGUGUUUGUUGUUUAUUGCUGUGUGUUUGCACAAUGAGUUACGUUUUCCGCCAUCAUGCAGAAAUUGCAGUGUUUUGGAUACACAAGUUUGUAUUUUUUUAGUUUGUUUGUGUGUACUAACAUCUGGAAGAUUCUGGAAUUACAAUAAAUGGAUGACUAUUUUGUAACAAUGAA